CCCCCACACGCGCAUUGAGUCCAGAUCGCGGACGGUGCUUGAGGCAUCAAUUUCUGAUCCUGUAAUAUCUCGGAUUCUACUAAAAGAAAUAUGAAGACGUUACGAAUUGCGAUCUUUCUCGUCCAUUGUCUCGUGUUACUCAAGGUGUGCAGUGGCGCCUCUGUGGACAGGUUUGAGAGUGCCAAACCCAGAACAACAGUGGUCAGCCUCUUUCACACCCUAGAGAAAACAAACCCGACAGGGCAGCAGGUGGACAGAGGGACGAAUGUGUAUGAAGAGCAUGAUUAUGAUGAAGAUUAUGAUCUCUCUGUGGAUUAUGACUCAAACCAACCAAGAGUGGCAUUUUCCACCAAACCCAAACAUCCGUCAGCGAUUCCCACUACUGAGAAGAAGACAAAAAAAGGAAAAAGGAAGGCCAAAGGAAAAGGCAAGGGAAGAAAGAAGAACCCAUGCCUGGAGGAAUACAAAGAUUUCUGCAUUCAUGGAGCGUGUCAGCAUCUGAAGGAGUUGAACACUCAUUCUUGUGUAUGUAAAGCAGGAUACUCAGGAGAGAGAUGCCAUAUAUUCACGCUACCAGUUAUUAAGAAGGAACAGCGUUACAGCCGGACCACAGCUCUAGCGGUCAUAGCGGUGGUCCUGUCCCUCAUGUGUCUCGCAGUUAUCGCUAUUCUGCUGGCACUAAGGUACCACAAAAAAGAUGACGCUGAUGUAGAAAGUGAAGAAAAGGUCAAACUUGAAGUAACGUCAGUGCAGAAGUGAUAAGGGAAGAAAGGAAGAAGAAACCCAAAAGGACAUGUGACCCAUGGAUAGAUAGCACUGAGGACUGAGGAGUAACCAGGGGCACAAAUACUUUUCAAAAAUUCGUGCCCCCGUUCAAAUUGUCUUACAGUCAUGGCGGCUGUCUACACUGGCAUGAAGGAUGUUUUGAACGCUGCUUCCAUGUGCAGUACAAUGUCCUUUUCAACCUAUUCUCCUUGUGGAGAACAUACAGAGAGGACUGAACCGGAUGAAUGUGUGGCAACUGUAAUCAAGUUCCUUUUUUUUAUUCGUUGCUUUAUUUAUUUAUUCUAAAAAGGAUAUUUCUGGUUUCUCCCAUCAGGUUAAAUCUAUAGUACUG